AUGGCUCUACAGAUCGAUCGUGAGGCAGUUCCAGGAACUGAACAGCUCAUCGACGUGAAUCACAAGUUGGAGAACAGCGGUCAUGUUGGACAAUCUGACAUUGUUCUCAUUCCGCAGCCGACGAGCUGCGGAAGUGAUCCAUUGACAUGGUCGAAGCGAAAAAAGUACUACCAGCUGCUCCUAGUCGCCCUAUAUGCUUGCGCCUUUUCAUUUGGUGAAAACACCCUUGGAGCGGCUUGGACUACUGUCAGUAAAGACACAGGCGUGACUUUGACAAACAUGAACGGCGGAAGCGCCUUGAACUAUCUUUUACUGGGCUUCGUCAACAUUUGGUGGAUGCCUACUGCAAACAUCCUAGGCCGAAAGCUAGUCUUCCUUGUGACAACCUGCCUCUGCCUUGCUACCGGCUUUUGGCUCGCUGCCAUUGAGGGGACAGUUCAAUGGAUGCUUAACAUGAUCGUAAACGGAAUCGGGACAUCUGCAUAUCAAGCGAUCAUUCAACUUACUAUCUUCGACAUGUUCUUUGUUCAUGAACGCGGUCGCAUGCUCUCGGUUUAUCUUUUCGCUCAGCAGCUUGGCUCUAUCCUGGGGCUGAUUUCUGGUGGUAGCAUGUCCGACACCGUCGGAUGGAGAUGGUCGCAGAACAUCGUGGGCUUCAUCUUCGCGUUUGUCCUGAUUGCCUUCACGUUUUCUUUCGAGGAGACACUCUUCCCUCGUUUCCUAUUUGCGGGAUCGCAGUCAGCCCCUCUUCCCUCCCAAAAGGAUGAAGAGACAGCAGAGAAAGAAACUGAGGGCAAGAAGCUGGAGCUUAGGUCGGUUCCGAGCCAAACCAAUGGCAUUGUCGAUGACUUUCCCAAGCGAUCUUACCGACAGAUCUUGAAGCCGUGGGUGAGAUAUCCGCAGAACAAAACAACUUUCUGGCAAUACUUCCGACGUCCCUUCUUUCUCUGGGGCUUUCCUAACGUCGUCAUCGCCGCGUUUAUCUAUGCUUUCGGGGCCACCGCCGGAAUCGUCUCCUUCAACACCAUCUCCGAGAUCUUGACCGAACCGCCAUACAACUUCAGCACCACCAAUACUGGUCUCGUCUUCUUCGCCGCUCUAGUGGGAGACAUCAUCGGCUGGAGCAUCGGUGUACUGAGCGACCAAGUGGUCAUUUCUCUGGCGCGGCGAAACGGUGGUGUCAAGGAGCCUGAGAUGCGACUCUAUACGCUUGCACCUUGUUUUGUCUUUGCUGCCCUUGGGUACAUGCUUUAUGGCUGGGGUGCGCAGACAGAGGCGCAUUGGAUCACCAUCGCGAUUGGCAUUGGUGCGAUGAUCUCGCAUCAGGUUGGAGCUUGCACGAUCGCUACUGCAUAUGCUAUGGACUGCUUCCCUGGAAUAUCUGGAGAGCUGGUCGUUGUACUAGCGAUGUGCUCCUCAAUGGUCAACUUUGCCAUCUCGUACUCCGUCCAGCCAUUCAUUGAAGCAGUUGGAUAUGGUUGGACCAUGACUUGCUUUGGUAUAAUGGUUUUGAUGUCUGUUCUUGCUGCGAUUCCUCUCGUCCUGUUUGGGAAGAGAUGGCGCAUCGCUAAAGGGCCGAGGUAUUACAAGUUCUUGGAUGAAGUUGGGGGAUAUACCGAUUAG